AAGUAAAGUCAUUCCUUCAAACGCGACGUCAGGAUCACAAGUCGUGGAGCCAAAGCAAGAUCAUGAAAGACAGACGGAGAAAAAAACAAUUGAGAAGUCAAAGGAAGAAAAACUGUAAGAGGCUGAAAGAGUAGCGAAGAGACCCAACAGAGCCGAGGACAGGGCGCGCGGCCCCUCAUAGCAGGUGGACUGGAGAGGCGCCUCAGUCGUGCCGUGUGCUCCGGUGCAAGUGUUGGUGUGCCCCUUGCUCCGCCGCCUCGCACUCUGACAACUUGCUGGCCGCUCGCUGGCCGCGCACCUCACACAGGAAAGCUUUGGCGUGUAGCAGCGCCUCAGCCUGUGGUUUGGUAACUACGUGCUAUACUUGUUUUGGAAAGUGAACGACAAUCACUUUUUGCUGCACCAAGGUGUUGUGACCACAUGAUGGAGCAUGAAGAAUGUGCCGGAAGUGUCUUGUUUGUCCCAGCCACUGUGAUGUGAGCGGCUGAAGUUUUGUAAGAGGAAGAGGGGAGAAUGCACGCUUGGAAUAUCGAGUCCCUCAAUUAAACCCGGGGUGGAAGGGCAGCCUAACAUUUGGCCAAGCAACGCCACCACCUGCACUGCUGGCGGCGGGGACCAGCUGAGCCGCCAUGAGGACCUUCACCCUCACGCUGCUCCUCAUAGUCACCUCGCCUGGCUGGUGCUCAUGGCCCGUCGGUCCCUCCUUUGUCCACGCCCCUGUGAAUGUGACGGUGAGCGAAGGGUCCCACGCGUUCCUCCCCUGCAGAGUGGCCAACCUCGGAGACAGAUCGGUGACGUGGCUGCGGCGGCGGAGGCUACACAUCAUCACGGCGGGGCUCCUCACCUACUCCCCAGACGACCGAUACAGGGUGCUGCACCCGCCGGACACAGACGAGUGGACGCUACACAUCAAACGCACCCGCCCAGGUGACGCAGGUUGGUACGAGUGUCAGGUGAAUUCUGACCCUAAGAUCACUACACCUGUGCUACUUGUUGUCAGAGAUAAAAGUUUGGACGAUCCUUUCCACAUGCCGGAGGUGGAGAGCGAAAGCAACAGUACACAGGUACGUAUUGAGGGUGCUGGAGAGCGAUACAUCCAGCAGGGAAGCAUUCUGGCCGUGACCUGCACCGCCGAUCACCCGGGUGGCAGGGGGCCCCAGGCAGUGGUGUGGUACCGCGGCGCCGCCAGACUGGACUACGACGCUCCCAGGGGUGGUAUUGCGCUGCAGGCGAGUAGCGGUGUUGUGGAUUUGUUAUGUUUAUGUUGAGCAUAGUGAUGAAGGAUGGUGACAGAGAAUGCAGUGAGUGGGGCGGCGUGGAAGGGUGGAGCUGGUGGUGGAAAGAUGAGACUGGCAGCGAAAAAGA